UUCUUCUACUGAGGCACAUGUUCUGACGUGUGAAGCCCGCCACACCGCUCACCGCAGGAACCAUCGGGUACCUUAGCAAGGCCUUACAGUCAGCCGGGUAUGUCAGGAGCAGACUGGCUAGAGUUAGCGGUCCCUCUGGUGCAUAAAGCUUGUGAUUAUUAUGCCUCUUGUGUGAUUUUGAAACAAAUUAAGUGAUAUUAAGCAAGUUAGUAUUUUCCCCGCCAGCAGCUGUACAAAGGAGGUGACCUCCGGUGUCAUUAACUCAAGCCUCACACAUGGAUCAGGAUGACCAGCUGUGGGAGGCAGAGGACGGGUAUCCACCCCUGCGUUUUCCCGAAAGUCGCAAAGAGGAAUUACUUCGAGAUGAAGACUUUACAGAUGUGGACCUUGCAGCCCGGACGACACCCAGUUCAUUGACAGAAAGCUUCGAGAAUCUUGUCCAACAUCUCACCAGCCAUUUAAAUUCCGAUCUUCAAAAGUUAAGGUCUGUUUUUGUGUGGAUGGGUGCCCAGAACAUUGGAUGCCAACAGGAGAAUGAAAGCUGCAGUGAUAAACACAGUCCAAAAUAUUAUUUAUUAGAAGCAAGAGGAAAUCGCUUAUUCAUCGCGAAGCUUUUCGCCAAGCUGUGCAGAGGUGCAAGUAUUCCAUGCAUACUUGUAAAUGGCAAGGCAAAAGAUGUUUCUUACGACCCUGGUGACAAUGACAUUCAGGAAGACAACACCUGGGCCAUUGUUUACGUGGCCGGCAGCUGGCGCUUUGUAUUUCCUCUCUGGGCUUUUGUAAAAGCAGGCGGCCAUCAAAAGGGAAAUUGGAUGUUACUUGAGGAUUGUGGAAAAAACGCAAGAGAGAGGAUGACAGCAAGCGAAAGUGAUCCGAAAUCUGACUUUGAUGAAUUUUACUUCCUAACGGACCCCGAGGUGAUGAACUGCUUUUGUCAUCCCGAGGACGAGGACAAACAAUUGCUGACUGUGCCAUGGACAAAGGAGAAGUUUUAUGAUUUGCCUCACUUCAAGAAGAUGUAUUUCUCGCGUGGGUGGCAGCUGACCAGCCCCAUGACCUGCCUCAUAAAGCCUGUGUCUGGAUGCUGUUGUGUCGACUUUUGCUGUCCAUCCGAAGAGACUCAACUGUACUGCAAGCUCUUUUUCAAUGAAUUCCUUUCAGGGAAAGCUUUUCCUGAAAAGUUACAAUUUAAAAAUUACCUGUACAGACUGGACCGCGGUGCCUUUGGAGGAAGCCGGAGAAAGUCCCUUGUAGUCAGGCUUCCCAUGAGUGGAACAUACAAACUAGAAGUGACUGGCAUACACCGAGGUCGAGAGUGUAGUCUCGUAGAGUUUCGUGUUGUCUGUGACUCGGUGCCAGAGACACGGCCAUUUCCACAUGUUCCGGACAUUUUACUUGGCUUUGGAGAGGCAGCGGCUGAAGCUGGAUUGUUGGAUCCUUCCCAUACAGAAGGACUGGUGCCGGUGAAAAGUGGCGAAGAGAUCGACAUCCAAUUCAAGAUAAAAGACGAUGCUGACAUUUCAGCCAGAUUGGUCCACUCCACUCGAACACCAAUGGACGUCCAACCGCAGAAAGAAGCCGAUAAGGUGACACUUACAAUAAAACUGCCCGAAGACGAUCCGUCACCAGAAUAUUUACUGGAAAUUAGUCUCGUCAAAAACUGGGAAGGACCAGACUUGUCACAGAAGGGAACCACAAAUAUCUUGAAUUAUUUGUUGACCAGCGAUAAAACACUGCAUGCAGCCGUCACGGACAGGACCAAACAGACACAGGAAAAGAAAAUUCUCCAAUGCUAUAAGGAAGCUCAUGACGCCCUUUCUAAAAGUGAUGAAAAGCUGUUAGAAAAAGUUCUUACUAGCAUCAAGAUGAUUGGUCUUAAAGAUCCGAUCUUAGAUGAAAAGCUUCGAGCAGUGAAAGCAAAGUACAAACGCAUGCGACAAGAAAUGCUCGCUGCUGCAGAAGAGAAAGAUUUUGAUGGACUGAAUCUCGCCCUGGGCAACUACAUGGCCAUCAACUUUGAGCACAGAGGGGACGUGGAGGCCACCAAGGAAGAGUUAUUGGAGCUUUGCAAUGAGGAAGUACAAAAAGCUUAUGAAAUUUUAAAGCUGCAAGAACUCCAGGCAUGUCUGGACAAAGUGGCUAAAACUUGUGUCGGCAAUUCCGUGAAGGAAGAAGGUUGGUUCCAGAAUGCCCAACAAGUAUCUCGGGAUGUACAGGAACUUGAACAAACCAAACUAAAGGCGCAAAGCCUAAGGGGUGAUGACAUUGUGAGUCUGUGCAGGCCUCCUGACCAGAUCAUUAGCCUUCUGUUUGCUACAUUCAUCUUGCUGGGAGAGAGACAAGAAGGACUUGAUACGUGGCAAAAAAUCUGGGAAAAAAUGCACCAAAUGGGUGAAAAACAACUUUUCACCAAAAUGAGCGGCUUUGACGACUAUGUGCUGACUCAACUACAGGUGGACCUUGCAGAGAAACGGUUACAAGAGUGUAAAGGAAACUUAGGCGACGAUUUAGUUUUUAAAAAAUUAUAUACUUGGUGCUCGGAUAGAAUCAAGUUUUACUGGCUGAGAGAGAAGCUCGCCAGAAGGAACUAGUAGCAUGGACAUGAAAGACAGGAACGAUGCGAAGUUUAAUGUCCAUAAUUGUAUCUACCUACAGAUAUAUUUUAUAUUUCAUUUUAAAUAUUCUACAAUGAUCUUAAUAUAAACACUAAAAUAGACUUGAAAUAAUGUCUGUGGCAAUAUAAACAAUUCUUUAUAUGAUUUGAACUCACUUUUUUUUUUACCUAAGCCUGAAAUCAAUUACAGUAUUUUUUCAUAAAACGGAAGACUAUCUUGUUGUCUAUAAAUGCAUGCAAAAUUAUACUCAUUAAAAAGUUACGACUAAAAGUAUAAAUAUUAAAUUACACUUUUGACGUGAGAAUUUAAAAGGAUGAUAACUUCUUUUCCUUCUUUGAUAUCUGCAUGAAUACUGUUUUUUGUUUUGCCUAUAACCCGCAUCAUUUUACCUGAGACUACGGUACUAAAAGGCUUCAAUAAUGUAAUUAUUAUCAUAAUUAAAAAUGAGAAUGUUUAUUAUGUUAAUCGCCAACUUCCCCGUUUGUCUUUUCUGCUAGAACUUGUUGAAAAAAAUAGUUCUGGAAAAUAAAGAAAUAUUCUUUCUUUAUUGAUAAGUCGUAUGAUAAUUCAGUGUCGAUGAUGUUUCGACUCUUCCUACUGUUUUUCUUCCUACUGUCUUUGUGUUUGUAAGAAGAGUGUAAUUUUGUUGGGUCAUCUCCUUUCUCAUUCGUCAUUUUAAACUGCAAUCAACGUUGACAUUGUUUCGGAUAAUCUUGCAGUUAUAUGAUUUAUAUAUAUAUAUCUGAUAACUUUGCAAAGCUUUGAACGUAAACGCAAACCUAACUUUAUUAGUAAAUUUGUAGGCAGAGUGUAGAAGUAAUACUUAAUGUAGUAAACUGUCGUGUGUUUGUAACAUUCUGUAAUAAAUUUGUUAAAAUCUUC